AUGAUCUUACAGACCUUAUGCACUCGUCAAUCAAAUCUAAAAAAAAUCAUCGACCGUCGGCUUUUUAGCUAUUAUAUGAAAAGACCAGAUCCAUGUUCAUCACUUUAUAGUAAAAAUAGCACUUAUACUCUACGUCCAUCAAACAGAAGUGUCACAUCAGACUCCUCGGUUACGCUUCCUUCGUGGUUUAUGACAAUGUCAAACAGUACACCGGUAGCUUAUGCACAACAAUUUAUAAUUUCAUUUCAUGAAUUUACUGGUACUCCUUGGUGGGCUACAAUAAUGCUUAGUGCUGUAGCUCUGAGAUUAGUCAUUACUCUACCACUGACAAUAUUUCAACAUUAUAAUAAUUCAAAAGUGGAAAAUCUUUCUAUUGAAUUUCAAUCAACAGUAGUAGAAAUACAAAAAGAAGUAGUGAAGGCAGUUAAAUUGAAUAGAUGGCCUGAAAAUAAAGCUAAACGUGUUUAUAACAAAGCUGUAAAAAAGUAUUGGAAUGAAAUGAUAGUAAAAGAAAACUGUCAUCCUGCAAAAUCAACAAUCGUUGUUUGGGUGCAAUUACCUUUGUGGAUUUGUAUGUCGAUAGCAACUCGUAAUCUCACAUUAAUGUUACCUCCAAGUGAUGAUGCUGUUAUUAGGUUUUACGAACUAACUGAAGGUGGAAUUUUGUGGUUUUCAAACUUAACUGCCAUUGACUCAACUAUGUGUUUACCUUUAAUUAUGUGUCUAUCAAAUCUUUUAAUUAUUGAGGUUCAAACUCAAUCACGAAACAAAGAACCAACGCGUAAUCAAAAAAUCAUAGCAAAUAUCUUUCGAGGUCUUACUAUUAUCAUGAUGCCGCUUUCAUGUUUCCUACCAUCAGGUGUGACCUUAUAUUGGACGGCAUCAAGUAUUUAUGGUCUAUCUCAAAACUUAUUCUUAUUGUCUCCACAAGUACGUAAAUGUUGUGGAAUACCGAAAACGCCUUACAAUAAUGAACAUCCAUACAAAUAUAUAUUGCAUAAGACUAAAUCUAAGUUAAGAAUUUCUUGAUUGCUGUUAUUGUAAUUAUUUUCUGGAAAUAAAGUUAUUAUUUUUUAGUAAGUA